AUGUCCCAAUCCAAUUAUAAAAGAGGAAAAUGCAGCCAAAAAAAUGUAAGUCCACAGAGAGAAAAUAAUUUGAAAAUUACAGAAACCAACUUCACUAUAAUGACACAAUUUUUUCUCUUGGGCUUUUCUGAUAUUCCCACAUUCCACUGGCUUCUUUUUGGGAUAUUCUUAGUCAUUUAUAUUAUUAUCCUGUUGGGAAAUGGCAUCAUAAUUCUAAUAACAAGAAUAUAUUCCUCUCUUCAGACUCCCAGGUAUUUUUCCCUCAGCAAUUUUUCCUUCCUAGAAAUCUAUUAUGUAUCUAUCGCACUUCCCAGAAUGCUCAUGGACCUUUGGACCCAGGAAGGAGCUAUUUCUUUUUCAGCUUGUGCUACACAAAUGUGCUUCUUCCUUAUGCUGGGAGCCACUGAGUGUUUCCUUCUGGCCCUGAUGGCCUAUGAUCACUAUGUGGCCAUAUGUAACCCUCUGCACUACCCUCUAGUCAUGAACCACAAGAUCUGUGUCCAGCUGGUGGGUGCCUCCUGGAUCAGUGGACUUCCAGUCGAGAUAGGGCAAACAUGCCAGAUUUUAUCUCUGCCCUUUUGUGGUUCCAGUCAAAUCAACCACUUCUUCUGUGACAUCCCCCCAUUAUUGAAGCUGGCUUGUGGAGACAUCUUUGUGAAUGAGAUAGUGGUCUACAUAUUUGCUGUAUUGUUUGUCACUGUUCCUUUUAUGUUGAUACUUAGGUCCUAUAGUAGAAUCACCUUUACUAUCCUGAAAUUGCCAUCAAACACAGGAUGGACCACAGCAUUUUCAACGUGCUCUUCCCACCUCAUGGUUGUAGUUUUAUUCUAUGGCUCAGCCACUAUUGCUUAUUUAAAACCUAAAUUCAGUCAGUAUGAAGGAAUGGACAAACUACUCUCUCUUUUCUAUGCCAUUUUAACCCCAAUGUUCAAUCCUAUGAUAUAUAGUCUGCAGAACAAAGAUGUCAGAGAGGCACUGAGAAAAUUUCUUCUCAAAUUUUCAGCACUGUGA